AUGACAUCUUCUCCGCUGCACACGGCGCCUCUCCAACACCACCAGAGUCUCUUUCCUGCCCAGUGCUACCUUGGGAUCCUUCUGGUGGCCCUGCUGUCUACAAUCUGUGAUGCCUGCAGUGAGCCACCAAGACAUGAAACUAUGGAUCUCGUUGGCAGUCCUAGACCCCAUUACAAUGUUGGGGAACGAGUACUCUAUGUGUGUAAACCAGGAUACCAGCAACGGGCUUCUUCAACCAUCAUUACCACAUGUGCUGCAAAUGGCGUAUGGACACCUCUUUCAAAGGAUUCUUGCACAACACUAUUCAAGUACAAAAGUCGAAAGCCAUGUCCAACACAAAGUGACCCUGUAAAUGGCCAAGUAAAACUCCUAAAUGGAAGCUUUGAGGUUGGUUCGCAAAUUCAAUUUGUUUGUAAUGAGGGUUUUUAUUUAAUUGGUAGAAGCAUUCUAAAAUGUCUGCGCAGUGGAUCAAAUGUAUAUUGGAGCUCUGAUCCCCCGCUAUGUGAAAAGAUUUUGUGUGAACCACCUCCAAAAAUAAAAAAUGGAACAUAUUCCUCAAGUGACAAGGAGGUAUUUGAAUAUCAUGAAAUAGUAACUUACAGUUGUGAUCAAACAUCUGGACCAGAUCAAUUUUCUCUUGUUGGAGAGAAACAAAUUUAUUGCUCUGGCAAUAGAGCAUGGAGCAGUGAGCCUCCUCAGUGUAAAGUGGUCAAAUGUCCAUUUCCAGUCGUUGAAAAUGGACAACAAACUUCAGGAUUUCAAAAGAAAUAUGCCUACAAAGCAAAGGUCAUGUUUAAAUGCAACCAGGGCUUUGUCCUUCACGGAAACGACAUGAUUGUCUGUGAUGCUGAUAAUACAUGGAAACCUCCAGUUCCAAAAUGCCUUAAAGAGCCACCUUGUCCACCAACUUCAAGUACUAAGCCUCCAAAUUCUUCCAAGCCUACAACUUCUGGUGUCUCAGGAGCACUUGACUUUCAGGAUUUGAAUGGAUGGAUCUUUGCUCUGACUGUUGGAGUUUUUUGUAACUUGUUGGAGUUACAGUAG